GCUCUUGCUCAUACUAGCUGUUUUUCACCCAUAGACGCUUUCAUGUUUCGACUUUCACGCGCACAUUUAUGUCGGUCAUUAUUGCAGACACUUGCAACAUGCAUUGAUGCACAGGCGAAUGCGAUGGGUUCAGGUGCAUCCCAUUCCUGGCGAAUUGUUUAUCAAAUAUUAUCACCAUCGGACAUAUUUCGGCACCAGAAUAUACGCGAGGUGUGUGGGAUGUCUGCGGGUAAAUAAAUGAAGAACAUGUGGCUUUCCCUCGAGAAUGAUUGCUUAUGGAGAGACCUUUGAUUUUAAGGCUGACAUUCUUCUGGUAAUUAAAAGAAGAACCUGCUACAUACUAGCAUUUUACCUUCUGGAUUUCAGCAAAUCUAUCAGGCCAGAGUAUGCCAUCUUCACCAACUCACAGAAUCCUGCGACCCCUCCUGCUCGGUACCUUUUUACUAGGAUGCUUUGUGACUCUGUUUUUAAUGUACAUCAAGCCAUCUACAAGCUGGUUGUCCGGCCCCAUUGAGUCCGAAACAUCCACAGUGCGAGUGAAAAGCCUCCUUACCAACAGAAGUGACCAGAACCAGACCACAAUUCUAGUCUGGCUUUGGCCUUUUGGGGAGACCUAUGACCUGAAUGUCUGCAGCUCUUUGUUCAGCAUCGAUGGCUGCUUCAUCACCGCCGAUCGAAACCUUUACAACAAAUCUGACGCCGUCGUCAUACAUCACAGGGACAUCACCAGUGACCUGUCAAACAUGCCACCUGCGUAUCGCCCUAUGCUGCAGAGAUGGAUCUGGAUGAACUUUGAGUCACCAUCGCAUUCAUCUCAGUUAGCUGGUAUUGAAAACCUGUUUAAUUUAACUCUUAACUAUCGGCAGGAUGCUGAUAUAGAAGUGCCUUAUGGAUUGAUUGUCGCUGCCCAAAGAGAGGAGGACUUUGUGCCGCCAAGCAAGAAUAAGCUAAUUUGUUGGAUUGUCAGCAAUUGGAACCCGGAUCACGUACGAGUGAAAUACUACAACGAAUUGUACAAACACAUUGAGGUUCAUGCAUAUGGGCAAGCGUUUGGUGAGUACAUUUCUGACCAAGACUAUUUCCCGACAAUCGCAAGCUGUAAAUUCUACCUGGCAUUUGAGAACUCUAUCCACAAAGACUAUAUUACAGAGAAAUUGUACAAUCCGCUCUCUGUCGGUACGGUACCAGUGGUGCUCGGCCCACCAAGGGAGAACUAUCAGAACUUUGUGCAGGGAAAUGCUUUCAUUCAUGUUGAUGAUUUCCCCUCUCCAAAGGAACUGGCUGAUUACCUGCUGUUCCUUGACAAAAAUGAGGAGCUUUACCUGAAGUACUUUGACUGGCAUAAACACUUUAAGGUGAAAAAGGCUUACUUCUGGGCUGAGCAUACGUGUCUUGCUUGUGAUUAUGUGAGAAGGCACAACGAGUACAAGGCAAUUAACAAGCUUGACAAGUGGUAUUGGGGUUAAUCAACACACAAACUUCUGGACCAGCUAAAUAAAAGUUGCUCGACAAUAAGAACUCCAUGUAACUUAGUUCAAAUAAGGGUCUGCUGUUGGCAUUACAGAUUUUUGUAAAACGUCCCAAAAAUGCUUAUUUAGAGUUCGGUUUUGUUCAUGCAUUUUAUUAAUCUGGAUGCAAAUCAUGUAUUUUAUAGUUUAUUAUUUGUUAUUAUUUCUGCUUUUUUAUUUUGUGCAUUUGUUUGAAAAGCUAGUUUUGACCAAAAUGAAUUUAAAAUUCAAUUCCAAGGUUCAAAGCUUUCUCAUACACCUACUGUAAGUACACAUCCAGGAAGUAUAUUUAUUUAAUGAGAACAGAACACUUUUCUGAAACAGAUAUUUAUGCUUUAUUUAUAUCAACGUUGUGUUCAUGUUAGUGAUAGAGUCAUCUAUGCAGUGUUUACAGAACUUAUGUUGUGCAAAAUGUCCAUGUGCUGUAAAUGUUAUGUGUAUAAGUAUGUAUUUUGAGGAAACCUGCCUUCCAUUUCCAUGGUUUUGUAUGGAUGUUGUUUUGCACGACCAUUGAUGCACUCAUAUUUUACCGUGUCAUAUUUGUCUACAUUAGUGAUCAGUUUAGUGCAACACUGUUACUGGAAAACAAACAUGCAAGGAGUGUCAUUGCUGAUAAUAAUGUUUUACUGUACUGUAUAACUGCUGAUAAUAUCACUGUUAAUUAGCUUACAUGGCUUGGAUAUGUGUCAAAGUACUGUGAAGCUGUUUUUGAAAUAUUUCAAUGUAACAUUUCCUUUGUUUAACAGUGAAAUGUUGAUUUGAGAGUAAGAGCCUAAUGUACUGUACAUACAGUCAUGAGUGGGUGGUGCCAUAUUUUGCAGGCGUACAGAAAAUCGUGCUCAGAUGUACAGUUUGAGAAAAAUGAAAUCAUAAUGUGAGUGGCAUAAUGACUGACUUUUUCAGUUUAGACACAAUCUGGUGUUGGAAGGAGAACUUGCCAUCUUGUCUCGGUUAGAAAUUAAUGCUCCAGUUUCAGAUGUUUGCUGCCAAAGGUUUCUUUCUCAAAAGAGAUGCUUCUCUCUGAUCUUUUGCUCUGGGAUUCACACCAUUGCAUUUCUCAGAUCAGCCUUCCUUUCACGGUGCAAGACUGUUUUUGAUGUGCUAACAUAAACCUAAUCAAUCUAAUAUUAGAUGAGGGUUUUAGUGGAGAACUCCUUUAUUGAUCACUAAGGGAUAGAGCAUGUUUAGAUUUUUGAUGGCAGUCUUUGCAAGGUUUGCUUCGCAAUGCUGAUACUUUUUGUUUUGAUGUACACUACUGGUCAAAAGUUUUGAAACACUUGACUGAAAUGUUUCUCAUGAUCUUAAAAAUCUUUUGAUCUGAAGGCGUAUGCUUAAAUGUUUGAAAUUAGUUUUGUAGACAAAAAUAUAAUUGUGCCACCAUAUUAAUUUAAUUCAUUAUAAAACUAAAAUUUUAUAUAUAUAUAUAUA